CAUCAACAACAAGGAAAUUGACAUGGUUCCUUUGAGAUGCCAGCGACUCUUGAUUCGACUGAUGAGGUUCAAUGCUAAAGCUGAAUAUGUCCCAGGGAAAUCACUGGUUGUAGCUGAUGCUCUUUCUAGACAUCCGUCUUCGACACCACAGCUGGAUUCAGUGGAGCUUAUCAAUGACAUUACGGCUUUGGAAGAGUCCACUAGAGCUGCCUGGCCAAUGUCAUGUACACGACUGAACGAGGUAAUUGAAAGCACAAAGACUGAUCCUGAGUUGCAGGUGGUGAUAAAGUACGUAAGACAAGGAUGGCCAAAGUACCCUUCACAAGUUUCAGAGCACGUCAAACCUUACUUCGCUGUGAAGGAUAUGUUGUCUGUGUGUGAUGACCUCCUGAUUUACAGUGACAGGAUCGUUAUUCCAAGUGUCAUGAGAGCUGAGGUCAAGAGGAAACUUCACGAUGGUCACAUGGGGAUCGUCAAGUGUAGAGAGCGUGCAAAACAAAGUGUUUGGUGGCCUGGGAUUAGCAAGGAGAUCCAGGUAUCUAUAGAGAACUGUGCCUUCUGUCAAAUAAAUAAGCCAGCUCAACACAGAGAACCUCUGAUGAACACCACAUUACCAGACGCACCUUGGAUAUGUCAGGAAAGACUGUGGUAUUACGCUUGAGCAACAUGUUUGCCAGAUGGGGUUGUCCUGAUACCCUAAUUACUGACAAUGGUCCACAAUUCGUUGGUCAACAGUUUCAGGAUUUCACAACAGCUUACAAGUUUCACCACAUCACCACGAGUCCGCACUUUCCACAGUCAAAUGGUGAGGCUGAAAGAGCAGUGAGAACCGCAAAGCACAUUCUCAGGCAGGAAGAUCCUUUUCUAGCUCUUCUAGCUUACAGAGUUACUCCCAUACAAGUCACAGGAUACAGCCCUGCGCAAUUGAUGCUUGGACGUCAGUUGAGAACACCGGUUCCUGUGCUGGAAAAGAAACUGAAGCCUGAGUGGCCUGAUUUUUCAAGGGUGAAAGAAACUGACAAGAUGGCGAAAGCUAAUUACAAGCUUUAUUAUGACAGACGUCAUGGUGUUCGACCGUUGCCUGAACUCAAACCUGGAGAUCCUGUUACAGUCAAAACGGAUAAUGAGAAAGGCUGGAACAAGACUGCUACGGUUGUAGGUAAACACACGACGCCAAGAUCGUACAUAAUUCGCACAGAGAAUGGAGACUUGAGAAGAAACAGAAAGCAUCUAC